AGUAGCAUGCUCCUGUUUGAAAAUGGAAGCUCUCAAUAGGUUUAGGUGGUGAUGGUAUUUCUCAGAUUCGAAAAAGACAUCACUUGGCUUGUUUCCAGGGUUCCUUUUGCGGUUAGGGUGAAGGGGAAUAUGUACUUCCAGAAAUUGAAGUGGGACCAAUUUUCAAUAUCAACUUACAAGCAUCACAAGACAGGACGAUGCAAUGAAUAUCAAGGCAAGACCAUCAUGAAGGGGCCACCUGGGAUAGAAACAGCACCGUUUCUUUCAGUCAUUACCAUUAGAUUUUGGUUGCCAUGUUAUCUUGUUUUGGAUUUCUAUGGAAGUUCCGAAGAUUUUAGUACAACUCUGAGGUUCUACAAAUUGUUAUUACAACUCUUUUGAAGUGAAAUUGGAUACUAUUUUUUUUGUUGGUUUUA